AUGCGCCCUCAGACGGUGGCCGCAAAAAACACCUCGAGGAGCUUUACUUCAACUGGAGGAACACUACAUGACGGAUUGCGGCGGCCACCUAAACUCAAAUCUCUUGAAGAUCCAAUAAAUUAUAUUAGAACUUUAACUCAGAAAGCAAAUGCAUAUGCACAAGCAUUAACUGCAUUAGAACUAGAUAGAGAAUCGAACUUAUCUGUUAUGGAUUCCAUGGAACGUGAAAUUCAUCAAAAUUCUGAACAAAUCCUAGCAUUAUCAAAAUUAAACGAUCAACCAUUCUCCGAAACCAACAAUGAAAGUAAUCCAACAGAAAAAACAACAAACAACAACUCAAGUAAAAAUUCAAUUCAAGUUUCGUUCGGAUUACCAGAGCGAUCAACAGAAUCAGCCGAUAUCAUAAACAAACUCAAACAGAAUCCUUUAUUUAUCAAAGCAUUCGAUACAAAAGCGAAUAUCGACGAAAUUGCAAAAUCAUUCAAAGAAAACUCAAAUCCAACAGGAUUUAACUACAUAAUGCGUCAACUAUCACGCAUGGCAUUGAUAAAUGAUGUCAUUACACCACUAGCAAACAAAGUAACAAUAGGUGUAAACAAAGAUGACUUUACAUCACUUUUAGACCAAAGUUUACGUCUUUUAUUUCCAAAUGCCAGUUCCAGAGUGGUCGAUAUCGGCUCAGAUGUUGAAACAAAAGCAGUUUUAACAGUUGACGGAAAUGUAAUUUUGGAAUGCAAAGAAAAACACAUGCCACAUCAAGAAACUAUGUUAAAAUCAACAUUAGGGUUCCUUAAACUUCCUUCUCCUCAACCUCCUGAUAAUUCAGUCAAAUCCUUAUUUGGAAAACCAACUUUUUUUGAUCAAAAAACAGAAAAAUUUACUGAAGAAGAUAAAUUAAUUGCAAAUCACUUUUCUGACAUCGCCAAGCCUAUUAUAGAGAGAUUUCUUAGAUACGACAGACUGAAUAAGCUGUGUGAGAACAGGAGAUUCGCUUACGAGUUUUCCAGAGACAUUUUAACAAGAAGAACAAUCACUGAAUUAUUACCUUUUCUUUUAAUUUCUGUUGGAACUUAUUUGAGUGCAAAUGAUGUUGAAUUGUUUCUUGUUGAUAAUGAAAACUUCGUCUACUAUGAUGUACAAGGUCGAGAUCUCAUCAAGAAGUCAUUAAAACAAUGUGGAGUUCCUCUUUAUGUAUUGAAAUCCCAAAAAGCUGUUGAAAUUUCUUAUUUGACAAAAAGUUGCGAAUAUUUUUCAGAAGAAAUUGAUUCAUGGGCUGAAAAUCAACCAUUUAUUGCUAGUCCUAUUAUUUCUAAUGAUAUUGUUAUAGGUGUUUUGUGUUGUGCAGGUAAUAUCAAGAGUCUUUCUUUCUCAGAUAAAGACAUUGAAUUACUCAAAGAUAUGUGUUCUGUUUUAGCAGCUGUUAUUCCAUUUUUAUGCGCAAAAGAACUAGAAAGCGAAGAGAAAAUAGAUCCAAAACAAUCUCUUCUUUUGUACCAAAAGAUGAACGAAAAUGAAACUGAUAAUUAUUUGAUGAAUGUCGCAAAUUUACUUUCUAUUUCAAUUAAUUGUGAAUUUAUUGUAAUUUUCUGCCAAAAUAAGACAAAAAUCAUCCUGAAAAAUGGUGAAGAUUUCGGUAGAUUGAUAUUUACAGAAGUAUCCAUGAAAUCUAUUAGUGAGAACUCACAAGACAAAGUGUUAAUCGCUAAUCCUUGCACAAAAAUUCCAAAUUUUGCUUCUGUUUCUGAUGUAAGAUGUGAAAAUUUAAUUGCUUUCACACAAAGAAACAUCACAUUCUGUUGUGUGAAUAGUCAAAACGAGAACAAAGAGUUCUCUGAUUUCGAGCAACUUUUGAUACAAUCUUUGCAUAGUUACGCAAAAGUUUAUGAUGAAAUAAACAUCAGAAAAUCGAACAUUUCAGAUUUGAAGCAAAAAUCAUUUCAAAUGCGAGAAAUUCUUGAAAACUCAGCAAAAUCGAAGAGUUUAUCAGAGUUAAUGGAUAUUGUCACUGAGAAGAUGAAGAUGAAUGCCUAUUCCAUAUGGAAAUACACUCCUUUGUUGCAAACAUUUAAUUGUGUUUUGUCUAACAAAAUUCAAAAGAAUUCUAUCAUCCCUUGUGAUGAUUAUUUGUUUAAUAGUUUUGUGAAUUUAGAAUCAGAGUACAUGAAUGAAACAAUUGUUGCAGGAAAUCAAUCGAAAUACUUAUUAAUGAUCAACCAAAUUAAUGGUUGUGUUUAUGCCAUCAAUAUUUACAAACAUAUAAUUGUUUUCUCGGGAGAUUCUUUAUCAAAAGAUGCUCCUUUGAUUGCCCACGAUUAUUCCAGUUUGAUACAUUUCAUGAUGAUAAAAGAGCUGAAGAAUGAUUUGAUUUAUGAAGCAAUUGAUUUAAAUAACACAAAAAUAAGUGAUGCAGAAAUUAAUCACAGAUUGUUUUGUUCAUCGAAUUAUAAUGAUCCUGAACUAAUUGAAAUUGUUUUGAGGAUUUUCAAGAUGAUGAAAGUUCAAGCAACAUUGAGCAAACAAGACUUUGAAAUGGCAAAAUUCAUUUUGAAAUGUAGAGAAAUGAUUAAUAUAAACCAAAAACCAUUUCACAAUUUCAGACAUUCUGUUGAUUGCUUGCAAUUUGUUUAUUACACUCUGUUGAAAUCAAGACUUUGUAAUAAACUUGAUCCACAUCAAAUUGUUGGUUUAUUAUUCGCUACUUUGUUACAUGAUGUUUCUCAUAAUGGAUAUAAUGAUGAAUACCACAAAAACAACAAAACACAUUUGUAUUUCGUGGAUAAUAACUAUCCAAUGGAGACUUAUCAUUGCAAAGUUGCUUCAAAGAUUAUUGAUGAAUAUUUUCCAAAUAUGAAUCAGAGUUUUUGGUCGAUGUUUAUUCCUUGUAUCAAAGCAACAUCUAUUCUAAAAUUAGUUGAAAUGUCUUCACGAAUUGUAAUGAAAACAGAUGAAAUAUCAAAUGAUUUCGUGUUCAUUUCUUCUUUCGUUUGCUCAAUGUCUAAUACAGCAAACUCAUUUAGAACAUUUGAGUUUGGAAAGAUAAUGGCAAACAAUAUUUUCAAAGAAUUGACAGAAUUGAAUGAAAUAGAGAAAUCCAAGAAUUUACCAUUAUCAAAUAUGCUGCCAAUUGGAUCUUUCGACAAUGUUGAAUCACUUGAAUCAGCUUUCAUUACAACAACUGCGAUGCCUGCAAUGAGAGCUUUAACUACUUUAUUCCCUGACAUGAGCGACAUUUACGUACAAUUAGAAGAGAACAAGAAACAAUGGGAAAAUCUAAAGAGAAUGAUUCAACAGCAACAAGAGCAGAAAUAG